GCUACCAUCUUGACAUUUUCCACCCGUUCCUCAUCGACCAGGAGAACACUGUAGCGCAGUACAACAAAAGAACACAGCCAUGUCAGACGUUGAGGAGGAAUAUGAGGAGGAAACAGAAGAAGUUGAGGAGGAGGAAGCUGAACAGGAACAAGGAGAGCAGCAGGAGUACCAAGAUCAAGAUGCCCAGGAGGAAGAGGAGGAGCGCCCCAAACCCAAACCUCUGGUGCCRCAACUUGCUCCUCCAAAAAUUCCUGAAGGAGAAAGGGUCGAUUUUGACGACAUCCACAGAAAGCGAAUGGAAAAGGAUCUGCUGGAGCUGCAUACACUGAUUGAUGUGCAUUUUGAGCAGAGAAAGAAAGACGAAGAGGAACUUAUUGGUCUCAAGGAUCGAAUUGAGCGGCGUCGAGCAGAGAGAGCCGAAAUUCAAAGGGUUAGAGCAGAAAAGGAGAAGGACAGACAGAACAGAAUUGCGGAGGAACGUCACCGAAAAGAAGAAGAAGAGGCCAAAAAGAAAGCUGACGAUGAUGCCAAAAAGAAGAAGGUGCUGUCAGGCAUGGGAGCCAACUUUGGAGGCUUUCUAGCCAAGGCGGAAACGAGGAAGAGCAAGCGCCUCACGGGCAGAGAGAUUAAAAGGAAGACUCUGAGUGAGAGAAGAGAGCCACUGGGCAUCGACAGUUUGAGGGAGGAUGGUCUCAGGUGGGUUUCAGCCGACUGCAUUUCCUUUAGCUUGUCAUGACAAUAAACAGUCCCC